CACCUCUCGACACCGCGUGGCUGCACCGGCAUUUCACUUUACCAUUCGCCAUGACCUCGCUUGUUCUUGGCGCGCUUGCUCUCGCGGCUGCUGUGUUUGCCGCCCCCAUCGACGACCGCGACACGCUCCGAGAAGAGCUAUCCGCGUGGAAGGCCAGCGGCGCUGGUGUCUACGCUGCUGCUAACGGUCUCUUUCCCGAGCACGUUGACGGCGCGAGCGAGGACGCGGAGCUCGCCGUCUUUGCAGCGAGCAAGGCGGCAGCCAUCGCGCUUCAAGAGGCGCACCCGCUCGCCCAGUUCUCGGUCGACACGCCGUUUGCCAUGAUGACGAGCGAUGCUUUUGCCUCGUGGGUCGCCGCGUCCCGCCCGGCGCGCAACGCAUCCGCGCUGCCCGAGUCGUCAAAAGGCAUUUCUCUGGCGACCAACAGCGUCGACUGGAAGAAAUCGGGCUGCGUCGCACCGGUCAAGGACCAAGGCGGCUGCGGCUCGUGCUUCGCGUUCUCUGCCGUGGCGGCGACGGAGAGUGCGUACUGCCUCGCCCACCACCGCCGACGCACGCUCUUCUCCGAGCAGCAGACGCUGAGUUGCGGUCCCGGCGACGGCUGCAAAGGCGGCUUUGAGUUUGAGUCGCUCAGGUGGAUCGCGUCCAACGGCCUCUGCACGAGCGAGACGUACCCGUACACGAACGGUCAGAGCGCGACGGCGCAUCAGUGCCAAGCGACGUGCCAGAAGCUGCCGAUGCCAUUUCUGGACGUGCCACUUCUCCGCGGCGAAGACACGCUCGAGAAGGCGCUCAACACGCAGCCCGUCGCCGUCGCCGUCGCCGCGGGCAACAGCGCGUGGCAGCUGUACAAGCGCGGCAUCUUGACGGGCGGGUGCGACGGCACCAUUGACCAUGCCGUGCUCGCGGUCGGGUACGGCGCCGCCGAGUCGCCGUUCUUUGUCAUCAAAAACUCGUGGGGCAACCGGUGGGGUGAGUUCGGCUUCAUGCGGCUCCUGCGCGGCGUCGGCGGCACCGGGUUGUGCCACAUUGCCGAAGACAUUUCAUAUCCCGUGCUCCGCAAGCCGCACAACAACUUGAACCAAAAGUGGCGCUACGAUCCCGGCACCAAGCAGCUCAAGCACCUCACGCACGCGGGUUUCUGCCUCGACAUGGGCUCGGACGAGGGCACCCGCGCGCACCUCUACACGUGCAACAGGGCGAUUGUGCUCCAGAUCUUUGAUCGCGUCUCUACGCUUCUCUAGUAUGAGCAACAGCUAAGCGAAUUACACUGUCUUUGAGAUAUGA